AUGAGUAAUGAAAAAACUCGAGCCCUCUGCUAUACCAAGGUGCAGCCUUCUUAUUUCGACAUCGUAGACCACAAUGCAGGCUUCUAUAAGUCUGACAUGAGAGGGUUUUACAUAAUGUUCACCCUAAUCAGUAGCGGCUAUAUUGGCAUUUCAGCCUUUGCAAAAUUCACUUCUUCUGGAGUUUUCGUAGAAGAUUCUUUCUUUCGGGCGAUGCUGGUAGAUUUCGAAUUCGUAAUUUUGAUAUGGCCAGCCUUUUCUCUCUAUUGCUGGCUGGCAUUUCUUUUGCAACUAAUGAUUUUAAGAGGAUUUCCAACCAUAAUGGCGAGCAUUUUCCAGCAUUUUACUCAAACUUUGAUGUUCAUAGCUACAUUUUAUUUGGUCGUUACCCGAGGGUGAGGGUUUUCUCAAACUCUUUUUGCUUGCAUGCUUACACUCACACAUUUUAUGAAAAUGCACUCAUAUACCAUGGUUAAUAGAGACUUAAGAGAGGCGUAUUUAGCUGAUAAAACAGCUUCACAUGUGUAUCCAACAAAUAUCACUGUCAAAAAUUUCUGGAAAUUUAUGAUAACACCUGCUAUAGUCUAUCAGCCAAGUUAUCCACAAAUUCCUGCGUUUAGGACUUCUUAUUUUAUUCAAAAAGUAAUUUUAGUAGGAGUCCAACUAGCAAUGCAAUACAUGAUAGCAACAGAUCAUAUUCUUCCAGUGGUUAAGAGAUCAUCAGAACUCUCUAUUGGAGAAAUGAUGUUAAUGCUAAAUAAGCUCUUCGUCCUUGACAGGAACGGGGAUUAAAACCCCUUAAUCCUAAUCGUCCCCAGAGAUAGGGAGACACCUUCGUCCCACCAGAGGUAAGGGAUUCGAGCGUAUUAAUUCCGACUUCAAUAACUCCUGGAGCCGAUCAGCCUACAAUCUUCCAGUUUCUCAAUACUCCCCUUUAAGUUGAAUAAAAUAUAGGUAAAUUUUCCAUUCUUUGUACUUUAAUCCCUUUAAGUUGGGAAAAGGUUUUUUCUUCCUAUAUAAAGAGGAUGUUAAACAAAUGCCAACUUUUUGAGCCUUGAUCAAUGGACUUAUUAUUCACUCGGCUUGCUAGUCUUGUCCUUUCCAAUGAUGGCUUCACAUGUAAAAACUCAAGUCAUAGGGAUUAUUAGCUCCUUGUGGCUUACUUCCCCCUCCGUGAGUGAACAAAACCAUUAGAAAAAUCGCUAUUUUUUGCCCAAAAACCCACCCUCCGUGAGUGAACAAAAAAUUUUUUUAAUAGAAAAAUUGUUUAUGGAAAAAAAAUUUUGAUAUAUAAAUGAUAAUUAGUAUAAUGAAAUCCAGAGCUAAUUCUGUUUAAUUUUAAACGAAUUGCUUUUUAAAACAUAAAUUUUGCAAAUUAAAUUAAUAUUUCGUUUCCAAUUUUUGCGAAUUAGGUUUUUUUUUAAAUUUCGAAAAAAAAAUAUUUUUUAAAAAUUUUAUAUAUAAAUUUUUUUUAAAAAUAAAAAUUAACCCCGUGAGUGAACAAAAUUUUUUUGUUCACUCACGGAGGGGGAGGGAGUUAGUAAAACCUGCCGAUAUACACAAAGGUUUUCUAGCCUCUCUGCAUUUUUUAUUGAUACUGAGUCGUUGCCUGCUGGUGUUGAAGAAAUAGAGUCAGGAGUUCGGGUAGUUCUUCAGCGCCUAUUUUAUGUAUAUUAUUUGAAAAAUGAUAAGCAGACUUAUUGUUCCUGUUUUGAUUUUUUAUUUUAUGAUUUUCCUCAUCCUCUUUGAACAAAUUUUGAAUUUAUUUGGAGAACUCGCUCUUUUUGGAGAUAGAGAAUUUUAUUCAGAUUGGUGGAAUGCAAGCACUUAUGAAGAGUUUAAUAGAAAAUGAAACAGACCAGUACAUUUAUUUUUACAUAAACAUAUAUACCAAGAAUGUAGAUUUAGACACAAGCUCAGUGAACAGACCUCGAAGUUCUUUACCUUUGCGUUCUCAGCUGUGUGCCACGAGAUGGUGCUUGCCUUGAUAUGCAGAAAUGUAAAGCCUUAUUUGUUGGUGCUGAUGAUUUUCCAAGUGCCUUUAAUCAUUUUCCAACGAUUUAUAAACAAAACACUGUUUGGGAUGUACUUUGUUUGGUCAGGGAUGAUUAUAGGCCUUCCUUUAUUGCUCACUCUCUAUACAAGGAGGUUCGCCGAAGCUAAACAAGUCUUCUAUGAAGGCUUAUCUUGGAGGAGAUGUUAAACAAGGAGUCCCUAUUCUUUAAAUAACUAAUUAAAUUAACCUCUAUACAAAAGCAUCCUAUUAA